AAGAUGACUGGUGAUGCUUCUCUGAUAACUACUGAUCGUUGACAUCGCUCCAGCUUUCAGCUUUUCCACUGCAACCAAUUAAACCACUAUUAUUAGCAAAAAGGCUCCCUGGAUCAUCUGCAUACAGCGCACAAUGGCCUCUGCAUUGUGGAGGUGUCUGGUCUUCCGCUGCCUCUUGCUUCUUCCCUUUUUGCUUCACUGUUCACAAGGGUUCAGCCGUGCUGCCUUGCCUUUCGGGCUGGUCAGGAGGGAGCUCUCAUGUGAAGGAUAUGCAAUCGAUCUCCGCUGCCCGGGGAGUGAUGUCAUUAUGAUCGAGACGGCCAAUUACGGCCGAACCGACGACAAGAUCUGUGACGCUGACCCAUUCCAGAUGGAGAACGUCAACUGCUACCUCCCCGAUGCCUACAAGAUUAUAUCACAAAGGUGCAACAACCGUACGCAGUGUGUGGUUGUCACUGGCUCUGAUGUCUUUCCUGAUCCAUGCCCUGGCACCUACAAGUACUUAGAGGUCCAGUAUGAGUGUGUUCCCUAUAAAGUGGAGCAAAAAGUUUUCAUUUGUCCCGGGACUCUGAAAGGCAUAGGAGACGCCACCUUCCUGUUUGAGGCAGAGCAGCAAGCGGGCUCAUGGUGCAGAGACCCUCUGCAGGCCGGUGAUAAAGUCUUCUUCAUGCCCUGGACGCCAUACCGCACUGACACGCUCAUCGAGUACGUCUCUCUGGAAGACUUCAAAAAUGGUCGCCAGACAACCACGUAUAAACUGCCGCACCGUGUUGAUGGGACAGGCUUUGUGGCCUACGAUGGCGCCAUCUUCUUUAACAAAGAACGCACUCGCAACAUUGUCAAGUUUGACCUGCGUACACGCAUCAAAAGUGGCGAGGCUAUCGUUAACAAUGCCAACUAUCACGACACCUCGCCUUACCGCUGGGGUGGCAAGACGGACAUUGACCUGGCAGUAGACGAGAGGGGCUUGUGGGUAAUCUACGCCACAGAACAGAACAAUGGGCGCAUUGUGGUGAGCCAGCUGAACCCGUACACUCUCCGCUUCGAGGCCACAUGGGACACGGCGUACGACAAGCGCUCGGCCUCCAACGCCUUCAUGGUGUGCGGCGUGCUGCAUGUGGUCCGCUCGACCUACGAAGAGAACGAGAGCGAGGCCAGCAAGAGCCAAAUUGAUUACAUCUACAACACCAAGAUAAGCCAGGGCGAGUACAUCGACAUCCUCUUCCCCAACCAGUACCAGUAUAUCACUGCUGUGGAUUACAACCCCAGGGACAACCAGCUAUACGUGUGGAAUAACUUUUACAUCUUGCGCUACGACUUGGACUUCGGGCCUCCGGAUCCUGCUGAAAUGCCAACCAGUGAAGAUUUCUCCAUCUCGCCAUCUAUAAGCAAGACCACCGUCAUCAGCACCACGGCCGCGUCCACCAUGAAGGGGCAGGGCGACACCACUGUAGUAGGAGCAGAUCCAAGAGAUGGGAGGGACCCGUUUGAGGACAAAAGUGGCUCAAGUACAGCAGAACCCACCGUCGCUGAGCUGCCACCGACACCAAGGCGCUUCUGUGAGGACACCCGGAGGAGAGCCAUCGACUGGCCCCAGACCCACACUGGGAGCACUGUGGAGAGGCCCUGUCCUAAAGGGACCAAAGGCAUCGCCUCCUUCCUCUGCACUGUGGCAGGGGCCUGGUGCUCCAAAGGACCAGACCUCAGCAACUGCACCUCCCACUGGGUGACUCAAGUGGCACAAAAGAUUCGGAGUGGCGAAAAUGCUGCUAAUUUAGCCAAUGAGCUGGCACGGCACACACAGGGCCCGGUGUUUGCCGGAGACGUCAGCUCCUCGGUGCGUCUGAUGGAGCAGCUCGUGGAUAUCCUGGAUGCUCAGCUGCAGGAGCUCAGACCCAGCGAGAAAGACUCAGCUGGGCGCAGCUUCAACAAGCUUCAAAAAAGAGAGAAGACAUGCAGGGCGUACAUGAAGGCAAUCGUGGACACUGUUGACAACCUCCUGAGGCCGGAAGCUCUGAAAUCCUGGAAAGACAUGAAUUCCACGGAACAAUCGCACGCCGCCACCAUGCUACUGGAUACCCUUGAGGAAGGGGCAUUUGUCCUUGCUGAAAACCUGAUCGAGCCAGCGAUAGUUAAAGUACCCGCAGAGAAUAUCAUGUUGGAUGUGUAUGUGUUAAGCACCGACGGUCAGGUGCAAGACUUCAGGUUUCCUCAGACAAGCAAGGGUGGAGCGUCUCUUCGGCUUUCCUCCAACACGGUCAAGGUCAACAGCAAAAAUGGUGUGGCGAAGCUGGUAUUCGUUCUCUACAAACACCUGGGUCAGUUCCUCAGCACCGAGAACGCCACACUGAGGGGAAUGGGGGACCUGAGCAAACGCAACAUCUCCCUCACCGUCAACUCCCACAUCCUGUCGGCUUCUAUCACCAAGGAGUCCAGCCGUGUGUUUGUGGCAGACCCCGUGAUCUUCACACUGGAGCACCUGGAUAAGAUACACUACCACAACCCCAAUUGUUCCUUCUGGAAUUACUCAGAGCGCAGCAUGAUGGGAUACUGGUCCACUCAGGGCUGUAAACUGCUGGAAACCAAUAAGAGCCACACCACUUGCUCCUGCAGUCACUUGACCAACUUCGCCAUCCUCAUGGCUCAUCGGGGAAAUGUGGGGGAAGGAAGCGUCCAUGAUCUUCUGCUCACUGUUAUCACCCGGAUGGGUAUCGCUGUGUCUCUCGUCUGCCUUGCCAUCAGCCUCUUCACAUUCUGCUUCUUCAGAGGUCUACAAAGCGACCGCAACACCAUCCACAAAAACCUCUGCCUCAACCUGUUCAUCGGCGAGCUCGUCUACCUCGUGGGCAUCAACAUGACAGAGCCAAAGCUGGUGUGCUCCAUCAUUGCCGGCGUUCUCCACUUCUGCUUCCUGGCUGCGUUCGCCUGGAUGUGUCUGGAGGGUGUGCAGCUGUACCUCAUGCUGGUCGAGGUGUUUGAGAGCGAGUUCUCGCGCAGGAAGUACUAUUACAUCUCUGGGUACCUCAUCCCGGCUGUGGUUGUGGGAAUCUCAGCCGCCAUCGACUACAGAGGCUAUGGCACCCAGCGGGCAUGCUGGCUGAGGGUUGAUAACCAUUUCAUCUGGAGCUUCAUUGGACCGGUGACCUUAAUCAUUGUGGUGAGUUGA